GUGUCCGGUGCGCCCGUCGCCGUCGCUGCGUCGGCCACGUCUCCCCCUCCACGCGUACCCUCUUCUUCCUGCCGGCCGGUCUCUUGCUCCCCAGCCUAGAGCUAGCUAUCUAUAAACACCCCCGCACCUCGCGCCUCCUCUCCUUCUCCCUCUCCCUCCUUCCUCUCUGAUCGUCCUAUCUCGGGGCAAGAUAUAUAUAAAUACGCAAUCUUGAUCUGCGUCCAUGGGUGUCUGAGCCACCUGCCGGCGCGGGCGCCAUUGAUGAGAGCACCGUUGUUUGAGGCGGCGACGGCGGCCGGACGCGAUGUCCGUUGUGGCGGCGGCUGCUGCGGCCGUGGGGCCCGGCGCAGCCGGGGUGGCGUACGGGCAGCUGUGCGGCGGCGGCGGGGCGAGGAAGAGGAAGGACGUGGUCCAGGACCAGGAGGCGGGGGUGGUGGUGGAGGCGGCGCGGGGUGACAAAGGCGGCGGUUGCGUGGGGCGCCGGGCGGGGCUGUUCGUGCUGGAGACGGUGGAGGAGGCCGCGGAAGAGGAGAGGUCGUCCAUUGGCGCGGCGUCGGAGGACGAGGAGGAGGAAGGGGAGGAGGCGGACAGCGGGGCCACGGCGGCGUCCGCGGCGGCGAGUAGGAAGGGCGCCGGCGGCGCGCUCUCGUGCAUGGACGGCCUCGACGACGCGCUCCCCAUCAAGAGGGGCCUGUCCAACUUCUUCUCCGGCAAGUCGCGGUCGUUCGCGAACCUGCAGGACGCGGCGUCGGCGGUGAGCAGCGCCCGGGACCUGGUGAAGCCGGAGAACCCGUUCAACAAGCGGCGGCGGGUGCUCCGGUGCUGCUCCAUCCGGCGGGUCGCGUCCACCUCGCUCACCGCGCUGCCGCCCUUCCUCCCGCCCUCCGCCACCGGCACCGACGACGGCGGCGCCGGCAGUGGCUGAAGAAUACUCCUACAUGGGAAGGAUAUUAUAUAUAUACAAAUCGAGGACGACGACAUGGUGGGUCGAUGGAUCCUCUGUAAUAGUUCGGGAUCCGAUCGAUCGUCUCGUCGACCAUGGUAUACAAUACCCUGUGCUAGGCGUUGAUUUCUUAAUUUCUUUUAGCCACCAGCAAUCAAGCACUCGGUUCUUCUUCCUCCGUAGCUUAAUUCGCAUUUACAUUGACCUCCAGCUCCAAGAGAAUAUGAGCACCAAGCUGCUGUGAUUUUAUCCCUAACAGGUGGUACGUGCUACCUGCUGUGAUCCCAUUGGAGAAAUGGAGAGAGUUAGCUAGCUCCUCCAACAAGCUAACCCUUUUGAAGGAGAUGAACUAAUCAAGUGCACAGCUACUACUUUUUGGUGCUAAUAAUCUGUUCAUUUGAUGUUAGUGGGUUGCAUACUCUAGUUCUAAUUAAAUCAAUAUUCCUACUUUUAGCAAGGAGUAGGAUUAUUAGUACAGCACGGUAGUUGGCAACAAAUUAAAACACACUUUGUAACCACCCCUUUGUGCUGAAAGAGCAACAUGAGGCCAUGCUUGGUUGGUGUAAUUGUACGGUAA